CAUUAGUAUCUAAUAUCCGGUUCAGCCCAUAUCACCUCUUUUCAGAGAAGAUUAUACCGAACCGCGAGUCAAUAUCUCACGAGUCAACUCGUCCGCGUUCAACCCGAUUGCAAUACCAAUUUCCUUCCGAUUGGGAUCGCGUCAUCGUGCAAAUACCAAUUGCUUGCUUCGCUUAGAAGUUUUACAAGUCGAAUUUUCCCAGCCUCUAUACAAUUACAGUGGUGUAGGGUUUCACUUCGAAAAAAAAUAGUGGGCAAAAUUGCAGCUUUACUGUGAUUGAAUCUGAAUAAUCGGCAAAAAUGAUGUCAUUCGAGAUGAACGAUCGUAAAAAAAUUGGACUCGGUUUGACGGGGUUUGGAGUAUUGUUUUCGUUUUUGGGUAUUAUUUUUUUCUUCGAUAAGGGACUACUUGCAAUGGGAAAUAUCCUGUUUUUCUCGGGAGUGACGCUAACCAUUGGACUCAAGUCAUCUGCUCAGUUCUUUAUGAAACGUUCUAAUUUCAAGGGUACGGUUUCAUUUGGUGUUGGCUUCUUCUUGGUCGUCAUUGGAUGGCCCAUCAUAGGGAUGAUUGUCGAGACGUAUGGCUUUAUUAUACUCUUCAGUGGCUUCUGGCCAACAGUGUCUGUUUUUCUGCAGAAGAUACCUCUCUUUGGUUGGAUAUUCCAGCAACCUUUUGUCAGAUCGUUUAUGGAUCGUUAUCGUGGGAAAAGAGUUCCAGUGUAAAUUUAGCCGUAGUAAGCGCAAGAAGGCUUGUCUGGAGCCCACUUGUAAGUGUUGUAAAAUACGGUUUGGCCAGCGUUUCAGUACUAGCUGAUGACAAAUAUGGUAUACUUGGUUGAUAAAUGGGCUUGAUUUUGUACAUGAUUUCUUAUUUCAAUUCUUUUUUCGCUUUUCAUCAAUGGAAAUUUAAAAAAUCAAUUCUUUUGAGGGGAUACAUAAUAUAGCAUCCGUCAUUUUUGUUUACCGGUUUAUUAGUGAGGCUUGUAGAUUAGUUAGAAGCGCGUUUCAUAUCUAUGGACGAUGUUUUCUUAGCAAUUAUUGAAAUUUGUGUUGGCAUUUUAAUUGGUU